CCCAUAUUUACCUUCCUUCCCUUCCACUACUGCCAUCACCCUUCGUCCCCACCACUUACCCACUUCCUUUCCCCUGCACCAACUCCUUCCCUUCACCCCGGGAUCAUAACCUGCCAUACCCACUCCCAAACACAUAAAGAUUGAGCUUUCACGGUUUUUCGAUGACGAUCCGUACAGCUGGUUGGCCAUUGGCAAGGAGUACAUGGACUAUCAUGGCGUUGAAACAGCUCACCGGGUCACUAUUGUGGGGCUCCAUUUCAUGGGCGAUACUGCCCUUUGGUUCAAAUGGUACAAACUUCACAUUGGGUCUGGACUUUGGGCCACUUUUACCGAGUCUCUUCUCCAACGAUUUGGGCCAGCGAACCAAUUGGACUUCAAUAUGUCUUUUUCCCAUGUUUUACAAAAGGGCUCGCUGGAAGACUACAUCAAUGACUUCAUAUGUCUAUCAUGUCGGGCCGAAGGCUGGAUUGAUCAACAAAUUUUAGGGGCUUUCAUUGGUGGGCUCAAAAUGGAACUUCAAAAUGACAUCUUAGCCCAAGGGCCUCAUUUUUUGUCUCAGGCCAUAGAACUUGCCUGCAUCUAUAACAACAAACAUAAUCGACGCCGUCUUUUUCGACCAUUUUCUGCUCGCUCCUCUUUUCCACACCCAAGUUCCUCGUCCUCUUCCCCUCCUCCACCACAGAAACCUGCUUCACCCUCUCCGGCGCAACCACUUUUACGCCUCUCCCUAGUGGAAGUCCAUCAAUGCCACUCACACGGCCAAUGCCUUUACUGCCCCGAGAUGUACUACCUCGACCAUACCUUUGCAAUGCCACAUCUACUAUUACUUGACGUUGCUGCAGUCUCUGAAGCUGCAUCUGAGACACCCAUCGACGACCCAAUGCCGGUUCCAGACGAGUUCCUUUUGGAAUACCCCACCCCCAUCACCUUCAACGCCUUGGUGUCCCUCAAACGCACAUGUGGGCGUGCUAUGCGCCUCCUUGGCCAUAUUACGAAUCUGUCAAUUCGAGUGUUCAUCGACUCCGGGGCUAACCUUAACUUCCUCAACCCUUCAAUUGCCACUCGUCUCAGCCUUUGCAUUGACCACUCUCUUAUCGAGCCCGUCACGGUGGUGAACGGCCGCCUUAGUUAUACCAAAGGCCUUGCUCUCAAUGUCAUAGUAAACUUACACGAUUACUCAUUUUCCUCAAACAUUCGCCUCUUAUCAGUGAUGGGGGGUAACCUCGUUCUUGGCACCGAAUGGUUAGAGACCUUAGGCUAAAUUGGCUAGCAUUUCAAGAAUAAAAUUAUAAAAUUCCAAAUCCAUGGCCAGUCUCUUAACGGGUUGAUCUCAGCACCCUGGUUGCAUCGCUGAUGCAAGCUCGUUCACACUCUGAAGAUGCUUUUCCAACACCCCUACCACUUGAGCUGAUUCUUAGCACCUACUCGUAUCUCUUCGAGCCCUCAACGGGUUUCCCUCCUCCACGACCUACUGACCAUCCGAUUACUUUGUUUCCCGGAACCCAACCAGUUAACGUUUGCCCAUAUUGCUAUGCCCAUGCUCAAAAGGCUGAAAUGGAACGUCAAGUGGCAGAGAUGCUCGAGGCCAGCUUAUCCGCCCUAGUUCGAGUCCUUUCUUCUCUCCAGCACUCUUAGUCCACAAGACUGAUGGCUCUUGGCGAUUUUGUGUUGAUUACAAGGCCCUUAAUUUGGUCACUGUCAAGUUCCCCUUCCCUGUCCCGGUCAUCGACGAACUAUUAGAUGAACUCCAGGGUGAUACAAUUUUCUCCAAACUAGACCUCCGCUCCAGUUUUCACCAGAUCAGGAUGCAUGUGCCGGACAUUCCCAAAAUCGCAUUCCGUACACAUGAAGGCCACUUUGAAUUUUUGGUGAUGCCCCUUGGGCUGUGCAAUGCCCCAUUUUCCUUUCAGGCCUUAAUGAACUUUGUCUUCAAGCCCAUUUUAAGGAAGUUUGUCUUGGUUUUCUUUGACGAUAUUCUCAUCUUCAGUCUAAACAUGCAGACCCAUCUCUCACACUUGGUUUCUAUCUUCGAGGUUCUCCAUGCUCAUGCCUUGAAGGUCAAAGCCUCUAAGUGUUCUUUCGGCCAACAAAUUGUGGCCUACCUUUGACAUCUCAUAUUAGUCGCUGGAGUGGUAGUAGACUCUCAAAAGGUGCAAUGCAUUAUGGAUUGGCCUUAGCCUCGCACCAUCAAAGGCUUACGGGGAUUUCUGGGUUUAGCAGGUUACUACCACAAAUUUUUCCGUGAUUUCGGCUUACUUGCUCACCCCUUGACAGAGCUCCUAAAAAAAGAUAACUUCCAUUGGUCUCCAGCGGGGGACACGGCCUUUGCAGCCCUCAAACACGCCCUUGCCUCUACUCCGGUCUUGGCUCUUUCAGACUUCAACCAGCCAUUCACUAUCGAAUGCGAUGCGUCCGAGAUAGGGAUCGGGGCUGUUCUCUCCUAAAACAAUUACCCCAUUACCUUCUUGAGCAAAUCUUUGGUAAACAAACACAAAGCCUUAUCAGUUUAUGACAAAGAGAUGAUGGCCAUUGUGUUUGCAGUCCAAAAAUGGCGCCCUUACUUGCUCGGGCACCCCUUCAAAAUUCUAACCGACCACCAAACCCUGAAGUACUUUCUCAAUCAGUGGAUCACAACACCCACUCAACAAAAAUGGCUUCUCAAGUUACUGGGUUACAACUAUACACUUGACUGCCGGCCGGGUUCUUCGAACACGGCUGCAGAUGCUUUGUCUUGGCAACACGAAUGCUUGGCCCUUAUGGGUCUUUCCCAACCUAUAUUCGAUAGUAUCUCGGAGAUCCAGGGUGAAUAUGCUACUGAUUUGGAGGCCUCUAUUAUUCUCCAACAAUUCCACAAUCACCAAUCCACGCGCCUUUACUUUUCUCUUCGGGGUGACCUUCUCUACUAUUGCGACGGUAUUUUUGUCGUGGCUACUUCUCCAUGGCGCAACCGAAUUUUACAGGAAUUUCACUCCUCCCCCAUGGCAAGACACUCUGGCUUCCUACGAACCUACAAACGGGUUCGUCGAAACUUUAAUUGGCCAGGUUCAGAAAAGGUAGUUAAGUCCCUCGUCUCCACUUGCGAUACUUGCCAAAGCACAAAUUAUGAAGCCAUCAAACCACCGGGCCUACUCUAGCCUCUGCCCAUUCCUUCACAAAUCUAGACAGACAUCGCGAUGGAUUUCAUUGACGGCCUCCCGUAUUCUCACGGCUGUAAUGCCAUAUUUGUCAUCGUCGACCGUCUCUCCAAGUCUGCACACUUUAUUUCCAUCAAACACCCCUACUCUGCAGCUAAGGUGGUCAACAUAUUCCUCCAGGAAGUGUUUCGCUUACACGGCAUGCCUUCCACAAUUGUUAGCGACCAAGAUCUCGUUUUCAUCAGUAACUUUUGAGAGUCAUUCUUCAAGCUCAACGACUUUCUACUCUGUCACAGCUCCACUUACUACCCGCAAUUUGAUGGCCAAACGGAGGUAUUAAACCACACUUUAGAACACUUCUUGCUCAGCUUUGUAAGGGACAAACCCACCUCUUGGGUCAAAUGGCUACCGUGGGCAGAAUGGUUGCCCCAAAUUGGCUCCCCGAUUUUACGGCCCUUACAGGAUCCUUGCUCAUGUCGGUAAAGUCGCCUACACUUGGACUUACCAUCGGACUCCCGCAUCCACCCCACCUUCCAUUUCUUUCUCCUUAAACCAAAGUUCGGGUCUACUGUGGUUGCUUCUCCCUCUCUCGGAUACCGAUCUGGUGGUUUGGACGCCAGAAAAAAUACUGUAGUGUGGCAUCUUCAAACGUGGCAACCAUGCUGUCACAUGAUGGCUUAUACAAUGGGCGGGCCUACCAGAACAUGAUGCUAUAUGGGAGGACGCAAACACCAUCCUCGACCGCUUCCCUGACUUCCACACUUGAAGACAAGCUUUUUCUUAAGGGGCAGGAAUUGUUUGGACCCAGGUUGAGUGGACAGCUUUUAGUCCUUUUUUUGUGUUAUUUUGCCCUUUCCUUGAAAAUGUUGGUUGCAUCCAACGGUAGAACAAGUAGUGAUGUGUUUCCAUCGUGAGCAUUCCCACUUCUAGGGUUGUAUAUAAGCUCCCUUUCACUAUUUGGGAAAGGCAUGAAAUGAAAAUCAAGAUGUUUUAGUUAUUUCCUUUCCUCUUUUCUUUACAUUUUGCACUGUUACAUUCCUAGUUCCUAUCAAGUAGGGUCUAAGAUAAAUUUGUAGAACUUUGAAAGGAAGAUGGGUUAAGCAUUUAUGGUUUUUGCAAUUCCAAAUUCCAAAUUUGUUUUAUCUAUUUUUGAAUAUGUAGUUUUAACAUUUUUGAGGGUACAAUGCAUGUUAAUUUUAAGAAGAGGAGAUUUGAAUCUGUAAAGUGUAGGUCAGCAAUUGCUCCGCUCUGUUAGUGUAUAUUGAUGAUGCAUACUAGGUAUGUGAUUAAAGUAAGCAACUCACUUUGACCCUAAAUAAUAUGCAUACUUACAUAUUUCAUUCAUUCAGGUCAUGAACUGAACUAAUAUGUUAUCUCAUACCUAGAAGUUAAUUUUACAACUCGGAGUGAGGAAUAUGAAUCUUUGAUAUGACUGAUCUGGAAUUUGUGGGUAUUAAUUUUAAUUAACUCUUUUUAGGUGUAAUGGACUGAUUGUGUUUUCAAUUCGACUAUAUUUGCUUUGGCUUCUGAUGACUAUAUAAUCAGUGUGUAUCUGAUGAACGAAUAUUGUAGUCAUUGUUAGCCGAGUGGGUAAUAUUACAAUAUAUGUUUGUGAGAUUGGGAUUGUGCUGUAGGUAUAAAACCGGCUCCCUGCACUGAAUAAUAAAAAAAAAAAAAACCUGAGUGUAUUUCAAUUUUGUGACUCACGUGAUUCCUCCCAAACUUGAUUAUCUGUAUGCCCCGUUCAUGUGCCUUACUAAUUGACUGUGAUUUAGGAGUUCAAAUUUGCAUCGAUGGGUGUUUAUGUGUUUAGAACUGAUGUCCUACUUAGGCUUUUAAGGUGGAGCUAUCCUUCUUGCAAUGAUUUUGGCUCCGAGAUUAUUCCAUCAGCUGUGAAGGAGCACAAUGUCCAGGCAUAUCUAUUCAAUGACUACUGGGAGGAUAUUGGAACUGUAAAGUCUGUCUUCGAUGCAAACUUGGCCCUCACAGAACAGCCUCCGAAGUUUGAAUUCAACGAUCCAAAGACACAUUUCUACACCUCUCCUAGAUUCUUGCCACCUACAAAAGUUGAAAAAUGCAGGAUUAUGGGUGCAAUUAUUUCUCAUGGUUGCUUCUUGCGAGAAUGUAGCGUUUAACACUCCAUUGUGGGUGUGCGCUCAUGUCUAGAGUCCGGAGUCGAACUUAAGGAAGAUGAUUGCAUAAUCCACCGAGCUGGGAAAAAGGGUAAAAUCAGCUAUAUGUAGGAAUGCAUGGAUGCAUUGAUAGGAAAAUCUCAUUAUUUUGUUGGUCUUUUAUCUUGAACACUUAUAAACAUGUUCUUUAUGAGGAAUAUUUCUGUAGUUUCACUAUAGACAUUCCAUUUCUACUACUGGAUUGCUUUUUACAGCCGAGGCUGCCAUAUUUGAUUUUAUGAAAAUUUUUUGGUUCUA